GUUCGUACGUGUAUUCAGACCUGUUUGGCGAGUUCUUUUAAGCUAUAAAUGCACCUGCACCACCAUGAAUACUGUCAGACUGACAGAGCAGAAGAGCAAAGCUGGUUCAGCCGUUUCACUUUUGUAAUCAUGGGCCGCUGGUGUGUGUACGCAUUGCUCUUCUUCUUAUCCUGUGACGUCUCCAUGCAAAGAAAAAAGAAAGUAGUCCAGACUCUCUCCAGAGGCUGGGGAGAUGACAUCACCUGGGUUCAAACAUAUGAAGAGGGUCUAUCAAAAAUGAGAGCAAGCAACAAGCCUUUAAUGGUCAUUCAUCAUCUAGAAGAAUGUCCACACAGUCAAGCUCUCAAAAAGGUUUUUGCUGAGAACAAAAAUAUUCAGCGGAUGGCCCAAUCAGAUUUCAUCAUGCUCAAUUUAAUGCAUGAGACAACAGACGCUAACCUGGCUCCUGAUGGUCGUUAUGUUCCUAGAAUUCUCUUUGUUGAUCCCUCUAUGACUGUGCGUAAUGACAUCACUGGGAAGUACCACAACCGCUUGUACACCUACCAGCCUGAUGACGCAGACCUUUUGGUGAAGAACAUGGAAAAAGCUAAGAUAUUGCUCUCUGAGCACACUGAGCUGUAAUAACUACAGAGCCACCAUGCAGGACUGACACUAUUUCAUGACCAGAAGGUUCUGGAUCAAAAAAUGACACUGGAGAAUACUGGAGACAUUUUUAAUAAAAAACACCUGUCUGUUAAA